GGAGAUAGCGUUCUAUAUCCUUCCAUCUUCUGUGGUAUGCGCUUUGUUGUGACUUUGAAAUAUAAGGUUAAUACUUUUGAAGCUAGCUUAACUCGUAAAAUUAUAAUGCCUCAAGGACAUCGCAAAGUACCAUUUAGUGGAAAAGCUAAAAAAACUCAACUUCAAGCUAAGAAAGUAAAGCAAGGCCCACAAGAACACGGCCGGAGAACAGUUUUAGUUACUGGUGGUGAUGAUGACUCUAGUGGGAAAGAAGAUGGUGCAAGUGCUGUUUUGAAAAUAAAUCAGAAACCCAUGAUAGGAAAGGGGAAGAGCAAUCCUAAUCGGUAUGCCCUGCGAUUCCAUAGAGAAACAGAAGCGGAGCUUCGUGAGCGAAAGGAGCAGGCUAGAAUGGCCAUCACCUCUGUGCCUGAAAGGGAACUGGAAGUGGCAGUUGAAAAUUUCUUCCCCCCUGAUCUGGAAUUUCCCAAACGGCCGCCCUGGAACUUCAACAUGAGCCGAGAGCAGCUCGAAGCUCUGGAACAUAAAUAUUUCACGGAGUAUGUUUCGUUACUGGAACAGAAAUUUGGUUGGAAAGAGCUGAGUUAUUUCGAACUGAAUCUAGAAACGUGGCGACAACUAUGGCGAGUUCUUGAGAUGUCGGAUAUUAUUCUAGUCAUUGUAGAUAUUCGUUUUGCUGCGCUCAUGUUCCCACCCUCACUGUACAAGCACGUGACAGGACAGCUGCACAAGGACAUGAUCCUGGUGCUGAACAAGGUGGACCUGGCCCCAGCGCCCCUGGUGGCGGCCUGGCGAGUCUACUUCCAGGAGCUGUACCCCUCCCUCACCAUUCUCACGUUCACGUCCUUCCCUGGGUACAACCUGCGUGGCAACCACAUCAGCAAGUCAGGUUUGCAGGUGCGUCGCAGGAAGGGCAAGCUGCGAAUGGCUGCGGAAGGCGCUCGGAAACUUCUGGAAGCAUGCAAGCACUUGGUGCAAGAUGGAGUUGACCUUACAUCCUGGCAAGAAAAGAUUGGGGAGGAGAUGGAGUUGGAGUACGAAUGUGAUGAAGUUGAAGUGGAAGAGAUGAUUGAAAUGAAGAAAGUAGAUACCACCUUUGUGGAACACGUCAAGUACAGGGAUGGUGUGCUGACCAUUGGCUGUGUGGGCCAACCAAAUGUCGGCAAGUCUUCACUCAUGAACGCUAUCAUGGGAAAAAAGGUGGUGAGUGUUUCGAGGACGCCUGGUCACACCAAACAUUUCCAGACAAUCCACCUCACGUCAAAUAUACGUCUGUGCGACUGUCCGGGCCUCGUGUUUCCUUCUAAAGUGCCAAAGACUUUACAGGUGCUUAUGGGAAGUUUUCCUAUAGCUCAGCUACGAGAGCCAUAUUCAUCCAUUAGGUUUCUAGCUGAGCGACUCAAUUUGCCCAGAAUGCUAGCAAUAAGGCAUCCAGAUAAUGAAGAUGAGUGGUCUGCAAUUGAUAUAUGUGAUGGAUGGGCAGUGAAACGUGGCUACUGCACAGCUCGCACUGCUCGGCCGGAUACCUACAGAGCAGCUAACGAUCUCUUGCGCAUGGCUCUCGAUGGAAAGUUGUGUUUGUGCCUAAGACCUCCAGGUUUCACAGAGAAGAAAGAAUAUUGGGAGGGGCGUGAAGAAACGGCGGAGGUGCGUUGGAUCCAGGCUCUAGACAACGCGGAGGAUCUCUGUGACGCACGGGGGAAGGUGGUGUGGUCAGAUGACGACGACGGCGACCGGUUGCAAGCAACUGCGGAGGAUGCGGGGACGCAGGACGAGACAUAUGGGGAGGAAGAGGGUAGCGAGGGCAGUAGUGAGGAGGGCCCCCCCAGCUUGGGCACCUGCAACAAGUUCGCUGCUCUCACCGGUGACUGAGACAAGUGCGAUGUUGCACCCUUGUUAAGUUGGAGUUGUUUGUGAUGCAAUUCAAAACCUCUUAAAGACUGAUUUGUGAAGGAAUUUACUUUAAAAUUAAUAAUUUUUUUUUGCAUAGUAUCAUGUUUUGAUGCUGAAUCUUUGUGCAGUAAAUAAUAAUUAAACCAAAUACCAAUGUUAAAA